UGAAAAAAGUGCUAAACUAAAUACUAAAGUAAAGCCAAAACAAGUGCAGAGCAAAUCACCAGACAAGUAACAGAUCAUACCAUGGCCAUAGUGUCACGCUCUAUGAGCACUGCAAGUGAUAUCAGAAUCUCAGCGACCGUUAAUAAGGUUUCGCCAACAACUGCAACAUCCAACAAUCUCAACAACAACCACAGCCACAAACAACACAACAACGAGAUCAGCAAGCGACGGGCGGAACAGCUGUUCAGUCGCGCCUGCGCCGGCUUCAAUCUGCUGCUGCUGACGCUGGUGCUCGGCUUUGGAAAAUGCUGCACUGCCACGCCCACGCCGCCCACUGCCGCCACAACAGUUAGCCCCCAACAACUGGAAGGGGGCGGCGCGCUGAGCAAGCUGCUCGAUGGCAAGGCCUUUAUCAAUAUGAGCUUUAAGUUUCUGAACGUAUCCGGAAAGAUUGGCACACCACUCGGCAUAGGACAAUCUCUGGAGGCCAAGUGCGGCGAGAAGCAAUUUCAAUGCCGGAGCGGCGACUGCAUUCCCAUUCGGUUUGUCUGCGACGGCGAUGCCGACUGCAAGGACCACAGUGACGAGCAGAUAAACGAGUGCAAGUUUUUAGAGGCCACUUGCUCCACGGAUCAAUUCCGCUGCACCAACGGCAACUGCAUCCCCAACAAAUGGCGCUGCGAUCAGGAGAGGGACUGUGCCGAUGGCUCUGAUGAGUCCAAGGACUUGUGCAUGGAUGCCUGUCCCAACAAUGAGUUCAAAUGCGAGUCGGUCGACCAGUGCAUUCCCCGCAACUGGCUCUGUGAUGGCAGCCCCGACUGCCGCGACAAAUCCGAUGAGGCGCACUGCAAGGCCCGCACCUGUUCACCGGACGAGUAUGCCUGCAAAAAUGGCGAAGGACAAUGUGUUCCUCUGGCCUGGAUGUGCGACCAGAGCAAGGACUGCAGCGAUGGCUCCGACGAGCACAACUGCAACCAAACCUGUCGCUCCGACGAGUUCACCUGCGGCAAUGGCCGGUGCAUCCAGAAGCGGUGGGUGUGCGAUCACGACGACGACUGCGGCGACGGCACCGACGAGAAGGAGUGCCCAGUGGUGCCCUGUGACUCCGUGGCGGAGCACACCUGCUCCAACGGCGCCUGCAUUGCCAAGCGGUGGGUGUGCGACGGCGAUCCCGACUGCUCCGAUGCCUCCGAUGAGAGGUCCUGUGCGAAUGUUACCAAGACAACCACGCCUUGCUUGCCCCACGAGUACCAGUGCAAGGACAGAAUCACCUGCCUGCACCACAGCUGGCUCUGUGACGGAGAUCGCGACUGUCCGGAUGGUGAUGAUGAGCACACGGCCAAUUGCAAGAACGUCAGCUGUCGAGCGGAUCAGUUCCAGUGCGGCGAUCGCAGCUGCAUUCCCGGCCACCUCACCUGCAACGGAGACAAAGACUGUGCGGAUGGCAGCGACGAAAAGGAUUGCGGCUUGAGCUUCAGCCUGGGCUCUGCCAAAGGAGUCUGCAACGCCACCAUAGAGUUUGACUGCGGCGGAAGCCAGUGCAUUCCCCUCUCCAAAGUCUGUGACAAGCGAAAGGAAUGUCCGGACGGCGAGGACGAGCCAGCUGGAAAGUGCGCUGUAAACGAGUGUGCCUCCAAGAACGGAGGCUGCAUGCACAGGUGUGUGGACCUGGCGGUGGGCCAUCGCUGCGAGUGCCACGAAGGCUACAAGCUAUCCUCAGACAAGCGCAACUGCCAGGACAUCAAUGAGUGCGAAACUCCGGGAAAAUGCUCACAGAUUUGCGUCAACGAAAUCGGUGGAUACAAGUGCGAGUGCGAGGCAGGAUACAUGAGAGAUCCCCGCAAUCACACCAGAUGCAAGGCCAGCGAAGGACACGCCUCUCUGCUACUGGCUCGGCGCCAUGACAUCCGAAAAAUCGCCCUGGACCACAUGGAGAUGACCUCUAUUGUGAACAGCACCAAGGCGGCUACCGCCCUGGACUUUGUCUUCCGCACGGGCAUGAUCUUCUGGAGCGACGUGACCACCCAGAGUAUCUACAAGGCACCCAUCGACGAGGGCAACGAGAAGACGGUAGUGCUGAAGCAGAGCUCAGUGACCUCCGACGGACUGGCCGUGGAUUGGAUCUACAACCACGUCUACUACACGGACACCCACAAGUGCACCAUCGAGCUGACCAACUUCGAGGGCAGCAUGGGCAAGGUACUUAUCAAGGACUCCCUAGACAUUCCACGCUCCAUCGCCCUGGACCCCAUUGAGGGCUGGAUGUACUGGUCCGACUGGGGCGCCUCUCCACGCAUCGAGCGGGCGGGCAUGGACGGCUCCCACCGCACCACCAUCAUCAGUUACGAUGUCAAGUGGCCGAAUGGCAUCACCCUGGAUUUGGUUCUUAAGAGGAUUUACUGGGUGGACGGCAAGCUGAACAUCAUUUCGUCGGCCAACUACGACGGCUCGCAGCGCCGCCAAGUGCUGUACUCCAGCGAAUACCUGCGGCAUCCCUUCUCCAUCACCACGUUCGAGGACCACGUCUACUGGACCGACUGGGACAAGCAGGCCGUCUUCAAGGCCAACAAGUUCACUGGAGAGGACGUGGAAGCCGUUACAGCCACUCAUAUGCUACAACACCCCAUGGUGGUGCAUGUCUACCACCCGUACCGCCAGCCCGAUGGCGUGAACCACUGCCAGUCAGUGAAUGGCCACUGCUCUCAUCUCUGCCUGCCAGCUCCCAGGAUUAACGAGCGGAGCCCUCGCAUAUCCUGCGCCUGCCCCACGGGCCUGAAGCUGAUGCCCGACGGCCUCAUGUGUGUCGAAGAUCCUCUGUACAUAGAACCCAGAACGAAACCACCGCGGGCUUUCAAAACGAGACCCAGGUCGUCCUUUUCGCAGCACCGACUGCCAUCCGGCAUCCAUGUAGGACAUGCCAACAUCCGGAUUGAAGUGAACCAACAGGUUCACUUGAACAGCAGACUGCCAGUCUCAAAAGCCUCAUUUGUUGCCGACCAUCGUCCUGUAAAGAACCAAACCCAAAUCGAACAGACCACAGCGCCCAGUCCACAGCCGGACUCUGGCUUUAUUGCGCUGGUGGUCAUUGCCAGUCUCAGUUGCUUUGCAGUCCUCCUCUCGGUGCUCCUGCUCAUUGGCUAUCGCUACUGCAGCAAGCGACGCAUCAACUCGAUUAACUUCGAGAAUCCCAUUUACCGCAAAACCACCACCACAGAGGAUCAUUUCAGUCUGCGGAAGAAUCUGCCGGCACGGAUCUAUGACCACACCAGUGUCAUGGAUGAGGAGUACUCACCCGUAAUAGGCAUAUCCUCAUAUUAGAUUGAUUCCUUUGGAAUCGCGUGAGAUGUGAAUUGGUUGAUUCUUUCGCUUGGUCGCUGGAAAAGUUAAGACCAAAGCUGGCACGGAACCCGCCUGGCAGAAAAAAAGCACACGCCCGAAGACUGAGCAACUCUGUGUAUUGUGUAAAUUAAUUAUUUUAAAAUUUUAAGUCACGGCAAGGAAGAAGGCGGAUGACUUGCGGGCGCAUCCUCAAAGGAUGCUGUACAAAAUACUAUGUCACAGAGUUCUAUCACAAAAUAGAGAAAAAGUAAAGAAAAACUUAAAGCAGACAGAAUGUUUAAGAAAAAAAUAUAAUUGCUAAUUAUAAAUUAAAUAGUUCCAAACUGUAUAUAGCUGUAAGUGUGCAUUAUUUUUAAACGAAGCUAAUUAAAAUAACUGUACGUAUUAUGACAAAAAAGAUCGUAACGAUUGUGGUCUUCUACUAGAGAAAGUUGAGAAAUUACGAGUAUAUUUCUGUUUUUUGCAAAACAGAAUCGUUUUAUUAUAUUACUACAUACAUACGUAUUAGCCUUUUGUUAAAUAUAUUUGUUAAGUGUACAUACAUAUGUAUAUGUUUCCCCAUUAAAAUAUUAAUAAUAAACUCAGAUAUACUUAUGUGUAGCAUA